AUGGAAGAGACAAUCCCAUAUAACAUGAAAUUGCCAACCUUGCCAACUUUCAACGGAGAAGGAGAUCCUAGGAACCAUAGGUCCAGGUUCACUGCCACAAUGGGGCUGUUAAGCGUAUCAGACGCGAUCCUGUGUCGAGUGUUCCCAACCACUCUCACAGGGACCGUCCAAAGAUGGUACAACAAGCUCAAACCUGGGUCAAUCAAGAGCUUCGCCUUACUAUCGACAAAAUUUCACAACAGGUGCCUCACGAACAUACCAGCGAAAACGGCCACCAACAUCCUGAGGUCAUGUAUUCAGGAGGAAGUAGAAACAAUAAGAAGCUACAUCGAGCAAUUCAACAAGCAAGCUAUAAAGAUAGAUAACUUGAAUGUCGACAUGGCAACUGAAGCAUUACGAGAGGGAACAAGAUUUGAUCCCACUACUUUCUCAAACCUGAUGGGCAUAGCCCAAAAAUACUUCGAGCUGGACGAAGGCUGCAUGGUUCGCGGAAAAGAGGCGAAGGGGAAGGAAUCAAAAGAAAAACCCAAAGAGAAGUCGAAAUCAAGAUCGGAAGAUAGGAGAGGGAGACCUGAAGAGAGUAGACGAUUCACCCCGAAGGAAGAUACAAACCGAGAUACGACCCCCGAGAUGAUGAACGAAACUUUACACCGCUGA